UUUAAGGAUGUUUAAAUGAUAGGAGUUAGCUAUGCAUUAAUGUGAAGGAAGAACAUUUUAGGCAGAAGGAACGGCAAAUAUAAAACCUAAAAUCAAAGCAAACUUUCUGAAGCACAGCAAGUAGUGUGACUGAAAAUAGUUAACAAGUGGGUGAGAAUAGUGAGCAUUGAUUGGAUUUGGAGAGGUAAAGAGACAAAACCUAUAGCCCUUUUAAGGAUGAUAAAGUAUUUGAAUUUUAUUCUAUGAUGAAAAGAAACCUACUGGAGUAGUUCUAAAGAAGGCAGUGGCUGCAUUUUAAAAUGAAAUUUUUAAAGACCCAGGCUGUUCUGGGGAGAAAAAAACCUGGAGAAAGGCAAUAGAAAUAGGGAGACUAGUUAGGCUUGCAAAGUAGUUGAGGUGAAAUGUAAUGGUUUGGCCUAAGAUUUUGUGGGUUUAAGUAGUGAAAAGAGAUCAUAUUUCUUGUUGAGCUGCUACAGACUUCUGUAGAUUUUAGAAGUUAGGCCCUUGUCUUAUGUGACAUCAUUUUUUUUCUCACUGUUAGUUUUCUUUUUACCCUUUUGAUGACAUCUUUUCAUACACAUAAAAGUGUCUUUUAAUAGGUUUCUGUGUUUACUUUGUUAUAUUUGAUAAUGUGUCUGUCUUGCAGUAUGUCCUGGUUCUUCAGAAUGAAAUCCAAUUUUGCCAGCACCAUUUUUGAAGAGACUGUCCAUCCCAUUUGUGGUAGGCCUAGUUGACUAGUGAAAGAAAACCAAGAACAUGCAUAUAUGUGGGAGAAAGGUUUUUAUCAAGAAGUAGUUAUAAGGAAAACAUUCCAGGCCUGAUCAGGUUCGAUACUAGUCCAUAAACUCCUCUUCAGACUCACGCAAUCACAAGCAAUGAUACAAAAUGCAGGAUCGAAUGGCAGUGGCUGCAUCUCCAGGGGUCUGACAGGUCUACAGCAGAUCUCUUCAACAGGAAGGUGAAGGUAGAGGGUGGGUAGGGGGCCUGACCUCCAGCAAGUUUGGUUGCACCUACAAUUGAGGUCAUCAAGCUGCGACCUGAUUGAUAGACUAAAGUAAACCCCUACACUUUACUUAUAAAACUACCACACCACUUAAUGUUUUUUUAAUUUCAUGUCAAAGAUCAUUUCUAGGUUCGCUAUUCUGUUCCAUUGGUCUGUGUAUCUGUCAUUGUACCAGUAAGUGGCUCUGUAGUAAGUCAGGAAGUGAUGGGCUUCCUACUUUGUUCUUUUUAAGAAGUAUUUUGCUUAUCCUGAGCCUCUUUUCUCUCUUUAUGAAGUUUUUUCAUCUUAAAAGAACAAAGUUGGUCUCUGGAUCGGAAUUGGAUUAUAUUUAUCAAUUGCUUUGGGUAGUGGGUAGUAUUGACAUUGUCACAAUUUUAAACUUUCAUCAGCCACUCCUUGGGAGAAUGGUAGGGCUUUCUGUUCACAUUGAAUUACAGCCUCAGAAACUCACAGGAGCUCUUGUACCCUGCACCUGGAGGGUUGCCAUUGACUUCAUGACAGUGAGAUCUAACAAAUACAAAUUUGCCCAUCAUGUCGACAGACUCUUUGGAGAUUGAUGAUGCAUUAUAUAGUCGACAGAGGUAUGUUCUUGGAGACACAGCUAUGCAGAAGAUGGCCCAGUCCCAUGUUUUCUUAAGUGGUAUGGGUGGCCUUGGUGUGGAAAUUGCAAAGAAUAUCGUUCUUGCAGGGAUUAAGGCACUCACAAUUCAUGAUACAGAAAAAUGCCAACCAUGGGAUUUAGGAACCAACUUCUUUCUCUGUGAAGAUGAUGUAUUUAACAAGAGAAACAGAGCUGAAGCUGUUCUUCAUCGUAUUGCAGAAUUGAAUCCAUAUGUUCAUGUCACAUCAUCUUCUUUUCCUCUAAAUGAAAACACGGAUCUCUCUUUCUUGGAUAGAUACCAGUGUGUGGUAUUGACUGAGAUCAAACUUUCCUUGCAAAAGAAGAUUGAUGACUUUUGUCGUUCUCAGUGUCCUCCAAUUAAGUUCAUCAGUGCAGAUGUCUAUGGAAUUUGGUCACGGUUGUUUUGUGAUUUUGGAGAUGAAUUUGAAGUUGUGGAUACAACAGGAGAAGAACCAAAAGAGAUAUUUAUUUCAAACAUAACACAAGCUAAUCCUGGCAUUAUUACUUGCCUUGAAAAUCGUCCUCAUAAACUUGAAACGGGGCAGUUUGUAACAUUUCGAGAAAUUAAUGGAAUGACAGGGUUAAAUGGGUCCACACAACAAAUAACUGUUAUAUCGCCAUUUGCUUUUCAUAUUGGUGAUACUACAAAACUGGAACCAUAUUUACAUGGAGGCAUAGCAGUUCAAGUUAAGACUCCUAAAAUAUUCUACUUUGAAUCAUUAGAAAGACAGUUAAAACAUGCCACGUGCCUUAUUCCGGAUUUUAGCAAACCUGAAGCACCAUUAGAGAUCCACACAGCUAUGCUUGCCUUGGACCAGUUCCAGGAGAACUACAGGCGCAAGCCUAAUAUUGGAUGCCAACAAGACUCAAAAGAACUGUUGAACCUAUCAACAUAUAUAAGCGGAACCUUGGAAGAGAAGCCUGAAGUAAAUGCUGACAUUGUGAAUUGGCUCUCUUGGACUGCUCAAGGCUUUCUACCCCCACUUGCUGCAGCAGUAGGAGGUGUUGCCAGCCAAGAAGUAUUGAAAGCUGUGACAGGAAAGUUUUCACCUUUGUGCCAGUGGUUAUAUAUCGAAGCAUCAGAUAUUGUCGAAACAAUAGGCAAACCUAAACCUGAAGAAUUUCUCCCACGAGGAGACAGGUAUGAUGCCCUACGAGCUUGCGUUGGAGAUUCUUUAUGUCAGAAGCUACAAAAUUUGAAUGUCUUUUUAGUAGGAUGUGGAGCCAUAGGCUGUGAAAUGUUAAAAAAUUUUGCUUUACUUGGUGUUGGCACAGGCAAAAAGAAGGGAUUGAUUACAAUUACAGAUCCUGACUUAAUAGAAAAAUCAAACUUGAAUAGGCAGUUUCUGUUUCGUCCCCAUCACAUACAGAAACCUAAAAGCUAUACUGCUGCUGGUGCAACCUUGAAAAUAAAUCCUCAAUUAAAGAUAGAUGCACAUCUGAAUAAAGUAUGUCCAGCCACUGAGACCAUUUACAAUGAUGAGUUCUAUACUAAACAAGAUAUAAUUAUUACAGCAUUAGAUAAUGUGGAAGCCAGAAGAUAUAUAGACAGCCGUUGUUUAGCAAAUCUACGACCUCUCUUAGACUCUGGAACAAUGGGCACUAAGGGACACACUGAAGUUGUUGUUCCUCAUUUGACUGAAUCCUAUAAUAGUCAUCGGGAUCCUCCAGAGGAGGAAAUACCAUUUUGUACUCUGAAGUCUUUUCCAGCUGCUAUUGAACACACUAUCCAGUGGGCAAGAGAUAAGUUUGAGAGUUCCUUUUCCCACAAGCCUUCGUUGUUCAACAAGUUUUGGCAAAGCUAUCAUUCUGCAGAAGAAGUCUUACAGAAGAUACAAACUGGACACAAUUUAGAAGGCUGUUUUCAAGUUGUUAAGUUACUUAGCAAGAGACCUAGAAAUUGGUCCCAAUGUGUAGAAUUAGCAAGAUUAAAGUUUGAAAAAUAUUUCAACCAUAAGGCUCUUCAACUUCUUCACUGUUUCCCUCUGGAUACACGAUUAAAAGAUGGCAGUUUGUUUUGGCAAUCACCAAAGAGGCCUCCCUCACCAAUAAAAUUUGAAUUAAAUGAACCUUUACACUUCAAUUUCAUUCAGAGUGCUGCAAAACUAUAUGCUACUAUAUAUUGCAUUCAAUUUACAGAGAAGGACUUUUCAGCAGACGCACUCUUGAAUAUUCUUUCUGAAGUAAAGGUUGAGGAAUUCAAACCCUCCAGCAAGGUUGUUCAAACAGACGAAUCUGCCAGGAAACCGGAUCAUGCUCCUAUUAGCAGUGAAGAUGAGAGGAAUGCUAUUUUCCAACUAGAAAAGGCUAUUUCAGCUAAUGAAGCUACCAAACGUGACCUUCAGAUGGCAGUACUUUCCUUUGAAAAAGAUGAUGAUGAUAAUGGACAUAUAGAUUUCAUCACAGCUGCAUCCAAUCUUCGUGCCAAGAUGUAUAACAUUGAACCAGCUAACCGUUUCAAAACAAAACGUAUAGCUGGUAAAAUUAUACCUGCUAUAGCAACAUCCACUGCUGCAGUAUCUGGUUUGGUUGCAUUGGAGAUGCUUAAAGUAGCUGGUGGCUAUCCAUUUGAAGCUUAUAAAAAUUGUUUCCUUAACUUAGCCAUUCCCAUUUUAGUGUUUACAGAGACAUGUGAAGUAAGAAAAACUGAAAUCAGAAAUGGAAUAUCAUUUACAAUUUGGGACAGAUGGAUUAUACAUGGAAAAGAAGACUUUACCCUCUUGGAUUUCAUAAAUGCUGUUAAAGAAAAAUACGGAAUUGAGCCAACAAUGGUUGUACAGGGAGUCAAGAUGCUUUAUGUUCCUGUAAUGCCCGGUCAUGCUAAAAGGUUGAAAUUAACAAUGCAUAAGCUUGUGAAGCCUUCGACUGAAAAGAAAUAUGUGGAUCUUACUGUAUCAUUUGCCCCUGAUAGUGAUGGAGAUGAAGAUUUACCUGGACCUCCAGUAAGAUACUACUUCAAUAAUGACACUGAUUAGCAUUCUUUUCUUCUAGUUGCUCUUUGCUCUCUAGAAGGAGUGCAAUCAGAAUCUAAAAGUAUCAGCUCAUAAUACGAUGGAUUUCUCCAUGAUGAAGGCUUAAUAAAGGGAAGCACCAGGAGGAAACAACAUUGAAGAACUAUAAAACAUUGGAAAUUGGGAAAUAAUAUACACUUGUUUAGUGCUUCUUGCACAAAUGUGAUCACAAACAAGUUUGAACUGGAAUUCCAUUGUAUAAUGCUUAUAACAAAUGUAUGUGUUAGCCUCUCUGGGUGGAACGAAAAAUAUCCAUCAAUGACCAAAAGAGUUUGAGGAUCAAUCAAGAAAUUCAAAGUAACAAACACACCUUGCCAAAAAAUUUCAUCUCCCCCCCCCCACCGUUAGUAUUUGAGGCCCAUUUUUCUAUCCAAGUAGUGUUUGGCAGCCUACACUUUUAUUCAGCCUGAGAAUUUAACACUAGUGGAAAAAGGAAGAGAGGGUGGUGGCAGUGUCUGAAAAGUGGCAUUUUAAAUUGUGUAGUUAAAAUAAUAUGACCUGUUAAUCUCUAUUACAUUGUUCUAUCACUAUCAUUCCACAAAUUGGGCCUACUGUUGAUAGCAUCACUGUUGUAAACUACGAGCAGAUCAAAUAACACAUGUUAACUUCAACUAAAUGUUAAAGUUAACUUUGACUCUGACAACCCUCUUUAAAGAAUCCAUAAAUGUGAACAUAUAAAUGUUGCUAAUCUUUUGGUUCUUAAAUAUGCGAUCUAGUAGACUUAUUUAUUUGAAACUAAACCUAAUUGCCAUAAUAUAUAAAACUGAAAGGUUUUGUAAAAGGGUUGUCCUUAGAAAUAGAUAGAAACUAGAAAUGUUAAAAUCUUCACUAGUUGAGUCUUUGUUUUGUUUUGUUUUGGGUUUGUUUUGGUUUUUUGUCCAACAGUCCAGUGGAUAAAAAAUUAGCAUAAUAAUCAUUUUUAUUUUAAAGAAGAGCUUAUUUUAUUCUCCAUUUCCAGAAAGGAGGAUUUUUGACUAAAAUAAAAAUUUAUUUUUUUAAGCCUUUAUUGAUAGAAACUUUGUUUUCUUAUAUAAAACUAUUGCAAAAGUGCUUUCAUUGAAAUGAUAAAAAGUGCAUUACCACUGUGUAAACUCAAUGAGAAUAGCAAGUAACUCUUAUUUCUAAAGUUGCCAGGCUUUCUAAAGCAUUUGGCAUUUUGUAACUACAGAGUAAUUAUCUCUCACAACUUAUUUUCUGUCCUCUUAUUUAGCCCAAGUACUACAGUAAACUAAAAACUAGAUUCACAUCAGUAUUAUUCCAAUUGUGUCCCUUUUUACAUUCUGUAUUUAGUCUUACUCCAGGUACAAGUUGUUUACUUUGUUGGCCAGUUGGAUUGUUUGAUUACUCUGUAAAAGUAUCAUUAAAACGCUCACUUAGAAAAAUACAUUUGGGGGUGAUGGAUGAGUUUGUAUGGUUAAAAGAAAAUACGUUGGAAGUGGGGAGAAAUAGACAUCAGUUUGAAAGGAAUUGGCUCCCUGAAAUAAAACCAUUCAUUACCUUUUGUUCUCUGUCUUACCUUUCCCAUCAUACAUAGCCACUAACUGUAAUGCUUAAAAUUUGUGUUAUUUAAAAUUGAAUCCAGGAAAAUUAAAGCCCUGUGACAUGGAACUUCACUGGCUAGAAACAAUAAAAGAAUCUUUGUUUAAGAAA